AUGGAGUGGGUGAGACGAAACGUGAAACGUUGGCGAAAUCCCCGUUUCCACAAAGUUCAAAAAUUCUCGAGACAAAACUUACGUUGGGGGCAAAACUCGCUUCUUUUCGUAAUACAAGCAGCUAGGAAGCUAGCCUUCAUAUCUCAGGCCGUUUCGAGGGCCAUACUGCAAGGAUACGAGCAAAUUCACAAACAGCACACCCCCGCAAUGGCACAACAGGAGCAGCCACGACUGUUGCAAGAACAGCCUCCCCAAUACCAUGGACAGCACCACGACGAGGCACUAAGUCAGACAUUCAAGCAGAAAGAGCAGCAGCCGCCUAUUGACCAGCACAGACGCUCGGAGCCACCUUCAGCGUUAACUGAAAGCCAUUUGCUGCUCGUCGUGAACGGUUGUGUGGAAUCCGUUAAUAUCGGCGGGCGGCGGGGAGGCACAGUUUGCCGAUACACGACUGUUGUGGGUAGAGACUGGAAACAGAUAUGGGGACUGGCGGGGGGACUUUCUCAGGAAGGCCACUGUGGAGACUGUACCUUGGAAGUAACGCUGAACUUCCCCUUCCAAGCUGCCUUCCAGGGGACCAGUCUCUAUGGCUGGCCGCGCAUGGCUUUUUGCAUCUAUGCGCAUGACUGGCUGGGACGGCAAAUUGUGGCUGGAUACGCCCAAACAGCAAUCCCCCUUCAGCCUGGAAGGUAG